AUGGCGGAUCCAUCAUAUCAAGUCAUAGAAGGUUUAAAACCGGAAAAAGAAAAACACGAACUUUAUUUACAUUUAGAACCCUAUACCGGAUAUCCGCUUUCAGCAGCGAGCAGAAUACAAAUAAAUACAUAUUUAAAAAGUAUCGAUGAAGUUAAAAUAAUGAAAAAAUUUCCAAAUGUUUUAUUACCCGUCGUAUGGGCCGAAGAGAAAGUCGAAUUGACGGAUGAUUUAAUAAAUAAAAUAAAUAGCGAAUUAUUGGAUAAUAUGUUAAUUGUUGAUGUCGUUCGAUGGCUCAUUGUCGGACUUGGAAUUGUUAUGGUUUUGACUUCCGUUUCCUAUUAUUUAGCCAAAUUUAGAGGAGGUCAAGAUUUGAAUUGA